AUGGCCAAGAUACCCGUGGACGCAGUGGGUGUUCUCUAUGUCGCUCCUGAUGGGAGUCGUCCGCAACGUCGUCUUGUGAACAUGCAAGUGUUACAGGAGAUGAAUAAGGAUUCCUUCGUCAUGGUUUGCAACAUUCCAGACCAAACACACAUCCGGUAUUUCCAACUUCCCCGGCAAGUUCCGGUUACCAAAGCAAACGGAAAGCUCUCUUCCUUGUACCAAAUGGUUAUCGCAGAUACAUCAGCCAACUUGCUCAAUCAUUUCGCGGAACAACCUCAAUCUGACGUUGAGUGGAUUCAUGAAGGAGGAGUAUGCAUGAAAUUCACUCUAGUGGACGAAACAACAAUCGAUGUUAGCUUCGAUUAUUGGGCUCCAUGCGAGAGUGAGCGACACGCUCAACAUUAUUUCGCUCUAUGGGCCGAGUCUGCGUGUCAAUGGUCUCCGUUGGUGGUGCCGUUGAACCUUCUUGGCUCAGCACCUGAUUAACCUGGACGAGGUUACGCGUUGCGUCCACCAGCAAAGAACUUGAAUCCAGUCGAUGAAGAGCUUCUGCG